CCUCUUCUCUCUCAGACACUGUACCGCGGGUUGUCACGUUCGCAGUUCUCUUCUUUAGAGCCACGGAGCUCACAGUUCUCUUAAGCGCGUUUCGGUUCCUUAAAGAAGGACCCUUCUCUUUGCGCGUGUCCCGUCCUCUUCUCCAAUCCUCCACUAUCACAAAAGCCCUGCAUUGCCUAUACCGUUCUCAUCCUCUUUGCACCAUAAAAAAAUGGAGGUCAAGCUUUGGAGCGACAAGCGCGAGAGAGAAAUGUACGAGAACUUUGCGGAGCUCUAUGCCAUUAUCAAGGCGACUGAGAAGCUUGAGAUGGCCUAUGUUCGAGAUGUAAUCUCAUCUCAGGAAUACGAAGUAGAAUGCCAGAAGCUAAUAGCCCAUUUCAAAACUUUGGCAUCUACCCUCAAGGAUACUGUGCCAAACAUCGAGCGAUUUGCCGAUACAUACAAGAUGGAUUGCCCAGCGGCUAUCAACCGCCUUGUGGUAUCCGGGGUCCCUGCAACUGUGGAGCACCGAGCUGCUGCGGCUUCCUCUACAUCUACGUCAGCUGCCAUUGUUGCAGAGUGUGUGCAAAAUUUUAUAACAGCCAUGGAUUCCUUGAAGCUUAACAUGGUGGCUGUGGAUCAGGUCCAUCCUUUGCUCUCAGACCUUUAUGGUUCACUGAAUAAGUUGAGCAUUUUGCCACCGGACUUUGAAGGGAAGACCAAAAUGAAGGAAUGGAUUGCCAGGCUGGCCAAGAUGGGAGCAGCAGAUGAGUUGACAGAGCAACAAGCUCGGCAGCUUCACUUUGAUCUGGAGUCUUCUUACAAUUCCUUUAUGGCAGCUCUACCGAAUGCUGGCACAUGAUUGAGUGGGGGAUGCUUGUAAAUAAUGUUGAAUUUUCCUUUUGUUCUGGUGGUCUUGUAUUUCUUUUGUUGGGUUUACUACUAUUCUUGUUGAUUGGAGAGGAAUAUGCUAUUUGGUAAUAGCUUUAUACUUUUUAAAGGCUGAAUAUUGCCAUUAUAUAGCUCUAUGCUGAUCAUUAAAGCUUUAUCUCAUACCAUGAGCGAGCUUUCAGCUUCUGUUUCGUCCUUGUAUUAUUUGGUCUGAGCUUCCAUGUCCUUUUGCGGAGGGACAGAGAACAGUCGUUUGUCUUCAUAUCUUUGAUAUAUUCUGGAAGGGUUCUAAUUUGACUUUAUCA